CAAAGCUUUCUGGAAUCCUCCAUAACUCUCGUGCUCCCUGACAUUUCCCCCACUCCCACCUCCAUCGACCGCGCUAAAACCUUCGUCGGCGCAGUCAAUCGAGGUAAGCGAAGGGAAUCAGCCAUGGCGUUAAUCUCCGAAUACGAGGAAGAAGAGAGCGGGACGAAGCCCUCAUCGUCGGCUGCCUCGCCGCCUGCGCAGCCUUCGACUUUCACCGCCCCUUUCGAUCCCAGCAAUCCACUAGGAAUCGUGGAGAAGCUCUUCGACUUCCUGGCCGCGGAGUGCGACUACCUCUCCAAGGACGCGGCGGAGAAGGAGAUCGCGGCCGCGGCGAAGGCUGCCAAGGAGAAGCGAAGAAGGAAGGAGGAGGCGGUUGCGGAACGAGAGAAGGCCGACGCUGCUAAGGCUUCCUUGAGCAAUAAGAGACUGAAGGAGGAAGUGAAGGAGGAGAAGAAGAAGGAAGAGAAUGGCGUCAGAGGCUUUGUUAUGGCAUCAACAGUCCCAAACAAGGGCAAUGGACUUGAUCUGGACAACUACUCAUGGACACAGACACUGCAAGAGGUUACUGUGUUGGUUCCGGUUCCUCACGGGACUAAAUCAAGAUUCGUCGUGUGUGACAUAAAGAAGAACCGCCUCAAAAUUGGACUCAAGGGUCAGCCUCCAAUUAUUGAGGGGGAACUCUACAAGCCUAUCAAGGUUGAUGAUUGUUACUGGAGCAUAGGUAUGGUGUCUACAGAGGAUCAAAACACUAUCUCAGUUCUGUUGACCAAGCACGACCAAAUGGAAUGGUGGAAAACUCUGGUGAAAGGAGGUCCUGAAAUCGAUACACAGAAGGUUGAGCCUGAAAACAGCAAGCUUGCUGACCUGGACCCUGAAACACGCCAGACUGUCGAGAAAAUGAUGUUUGAUCAGAGGCAGAAGCAGAUGGGCCGCCCAACCAGCGACGAGAUUCAGAAACAGGAUAUUCUGAAGAAGUUUAUGGCCGAGCACCCGGAGAUGGAUUUCUCAAGGGCAAAGAUCAACUAAAAUAGUAGUGAAGGGUUCGAAGUGGGCUUUUUUGGAGGCUGAUGAUGGGCACAGCACAUGAGACGUUGUCGUUUUGGCUUUGAAUUUGAAGGUGUAACUUCGUAGAACUACUUUUUGUUAAUAGGAGUGGAAAACCUCUUCCAAAGAGGGAUAUCUGGAUUUGGUUAGUUUAGCUUUUGCAUGGAUCGGAGCGUUCUUCUGGACGAAAGACGUUGAGACUCACCAGCCGUUACUAGAACGUUGUGCAUCUUACUACUAAGUACUAAUGGCUUUAGCUAUACUUAAUUUUUUACUAA